AUGCUACAUACUCUAGCGAAUCGACUAGUUGAAAGCUCUGAGUCUGACCGUGGAGUUACUUUGUUAUCAUUGAAUGAUAAUCCAGAUGCUAAAGAAAUAGUCGUCUCAUCUGCUACUACACCUCGACUCGAGUCCCAGCCUAAGGAUACGGAGGUUUCGACUGAGUUGGCUGAUCGACCACACAUCCAGGUCAUCCCUCGUCCACCGGAAUGGAUGUCGCCUAAGGAGGGAAACGAGUCUUAUAGUGACGAGUCGGACUACUCUGACGCAGAAGAAAGCGCUGCCGAUAGUGACGAUGAUGGCGACGGCGGCGGUGUUAACAUUCCAUCAGUGCCACCACUUCCAGCAGGCCGCGAUGUGGCUCUUUCGUUCCCUUCAAUGGAACUCCGGGGCAUCGAGCUCCUCGAGCUGAAAGCCUUACACUUAACCUUGAAAUGUGAGAGGUGCAAGGACCUCCUUGACAUGAAAAACAUCAAAAUUGGAGAUGAUGGUAUUAGCAUACCGCCAAAACGUGUUGAAUCAUGCAAGAAGUGCGGUAACUACAUUAGCCUUGGCUUUCGCCGCGAACUAAUGCACCCCAGUUCUAACCGUGCGGGGUACCUGGAUUUGGAGGGAUGCCAUGCAGUUGAGCUGCUGCCCAGCCACUUUAUUCCCACAUGCUCUGAAUGCUCUACAACAUACCCCGCACUAGGGAUUGUUGCAGUUCGAGGAGAUGAUGCGUCGGCAGUUUGUCGUGGAUGUCACCAUACAAUGAGGUUUAAAAUUCCCGAGGUCAAAUUUUUACUUGUGAGCGCUGGAGGAGGCACAUUUCACACUCCUGCCAAGGCAAAAAAGUUUUUCAAUUCCAGACUUUCUGAUAGUCAAUAUCUGCUUUUGGAAAUUUUCACAUGCUUUGUUUUUACUGACAUGUACAUUUUUGGAACUUUGAAGUCAAAGGAGAUUCUGGGAAUUGUAGCUGGGCAGGAAUUGCCUCGUCGCGGCCGAUGCUCGCAUUAUGGGAAGAGCUAUCGGUGGUUUAGGUUUUCUUGUUGUCUCAAGGUUUUCCCUUGCGAUAGAUGCCAUGACGCUGCGACUGACCAUCCAAAUGAACAUGCCAACCGCAUGAUCUGUGGCUUUUGCUCCCGCGAACAGAUCUACCGCCCGGAUAGCUGUGGCAUCUGCCACUCGACACUCGUGGGGAAGGCUGGCAGUGGGUUUUGGGAAGGGGGCAAGGGGACAAGAGAUAAGAGACGCAUGAAUCGGAAAGAUCCGAGGAAAUAUAAGCGACAAGGAGGGACUACCACGGGUCCUUCGGCGAAGAAGAAGUGA